AUGCACGACACACUUACUUACCCCGAAAACAUGCAGGCCGUCAAGGUGCGGGGGCCCAAUGACCUCUUCAUUGAUUCGGCGGCGCCUGUACCUACUCUACGCCCUGGCUACCUAUUGAUCAAAGUCUUUAGCGUUGCGCUCAACCCCACCGACUGGAAGCGAGUGACCAUCUUUGAUGGAAAGGUACCACGUACCGUCGGCUGUGAUGUUGCUGGUCGUGUAUUUGCAUGUGGCGAGGAUAUCGGCCAGGAUUACAAGCCGGGUGAUCGGGUAGCCGGACUCUGCUACGGCAUGAAGGAAGAAGAUCCUACUAGUGGCGCUUUCGGUGAGUAUGCGCUGCUCAAAGGCACACUGUCUCUGCCCGUACCAGACCACGUUAGCGAUUUGGAAGCAGCGACAAUUCCGGUCGGUACCAAUUUCGUCUGUCAAGCAUUGUACCAUACACUGAAGCUUCCGCUUCCCACGUUGCAUUUCGAGCCUCCCGAUUCGAAUGCUCCUACUAUACUCAUCUAUGGUGGUGCCACUGCGUCUGGGAUGUUCGGGCUGCAGUAUGCGCGCCUUUCGGGGUGGCGGGUUCUAACAACUUGCUCGCCUCGUAAUUUCCAGCUGGUCAAAGCUCUGGGCGCUCAUGAGGCGUUUGACUACCACGAUAGCGAAGCUUGCGCUGCAGAGAUACGCACGGCUACGAACAAUGAUCUUUGUUAUGCAUUCGACUGCGUGUCGGAGGGUUCUAGCCUGCAGAUAUGCGCCGAUGCUCUCACAUCAAAGUCUGGUGUAGCUGUAUACACUGCAAGCUUACCUGUAGGUGAUAAGUUCCCCAGGCAGGACAUACAGUAUGGUUGGACAUCGGGAUACACUGGUGAGUUCCUCGUAUAA